AUGACUCUCUACUAUACUUUAGUUUUUGUCCUUUUGGUAGCUGAAAUGUUUAGCUUUUUUGUACUUGUGGCCCCCCUCCCCAAUGCAGCUCGUCGCAAACUACUUACUUUUUUGGCUGAAUCGCCUCUAAUCAAAUCAGUCCAAACCUCUCUCAAAUUUACCUUUGUAGCAAUUCUAAUUCUUUUUGUCGAUUCUGUCAAUAGAGUUUACCGUGUACAAACAGAAUUGGCUGCUGCUCAUGAAUCAGUGGUUGGUUCAAUGGGAGCUAUGACUGAUCGUUCAGAAAUUCAAGCACGAAGAUUUUAUGCUCAACGUAACAUGUACCUUUGUGGCUUUACCCUCUUUUUAUCUCUCAUUCUUACCCGCACUUAUACCCUCGUCUUAGACCUGACAAUUGCUAAAGAUAAACUUACAACUUCUGACGGUGAUUCUGCUCAGGUCCAGAAGCUUAAACAAAUUCUGGCGCAAAAGGAAAAGGAUAUCGAAGCUCUUAAGAAACAGUCACAAGGCCUUUCCAAAGAAUAUUUUAAGGUCUCUGAUGAACUUAAUGAAAAAACAGGAGUUACUUCUGCAGACAAGAAGUUGGAUUAA